AUGGCAAGCAUGUGCGCUAACACUGACAACACCAAAAACACUGUGCACGCAAAUCAGAAAGCCCUUAGCGUGCGGUGGCCAAACGGAGACCAACGCUUCUGUUCCACAAUGGUUAUACAGACCCUGAUCGAGAUCUUUUUUGAGAGCGAGUACCGAGAACGGGUGGAACAAUAUCAGCGCGACGAAAACGGCGCGGUACAGACAGACACAAUAGCAAUCUUCUGCGACACAAUUAUGUUGCCUGGCACCUCCGCCACAAUGGAGGUCUUUGAGCCUCGAUAUCGUCUUAUGAUCCGCCGGUGCAUUGGCAGUGGCAACAGAGCCUUUGGCACAAUGAAUUCGAUGGAUGACAAGUACGGCGGAUUGGUCUCCAUGACGAGUUACAAACAGCGGCCUGAUGGGACCUCAAUCAUCGAGGUCACCGGUACCAAAACUUUCAAAGUCCUAAGUUUUGGUUCACGGGAUGGCUAUACCAUCGCAAACGUUCUAUGGCCGUCUGAGGAUGGCACUUGGCCUCAGGAGACGGACAACGAGAGUGGGGCCGAAACAGCGGCUGACGUGGACUCCGUUGUAGCGGAGAGUGGCAGUGACGAGGACGAAGCCGAUAUGCUGGACAUAUCUUCGAUACCAUCGCUGCGUAAUUUGGCAUCGAGAACAGAGGCAGGGGCCGAGACGAACGCCGGCCAAACCGCAGCGCAAAACCAGCAGUCUCUACAAACGGCUCCUAGUCGCAUCCUCGCAGACAUGCGCUCGAAUGUACAGUCACUGUGGGGGCACCCACUGCUAAAUGCGUUGGUGACGGGUGGCGGCAGACAACCCUCUCCCACAGACGAUGGGCACUUUCUCAACUGGUGCAUGUCACUGACAUUACCAUCCAGGAUGCAGUAUGAGCUCGUUUUCGGGGAAAUGUAUCGAGACAACUAUCAUCUGCGUGUGGGUGUGGUACAUCUUCUGUGGCAAAGAGCAGUGGUGCACAUCCUCUCCACUUUCGGACCGGCACGAAGUGGCGCCACUUUACUAUGA